AUGAAUUCAGAUAUUUUCCCUGAACCACCAUCCGAUACCAUCGAUUGGUCUUCCCUUGGAAGCCAAGGCGUAGAAUUUCCCACUUCUCAUGUGGAAUGCACCUACUCCCCUACAACAAGCUCCUGGAGCGCACCCACAGUGAUCAACAACCCAAAUCUUCAAAUCAACGGCUUCGCAGUGGGACUAAACUACGGAGGACCAUAUUAUGAGUCCCUUACCGCCCGACGUACGCGAGAUGACCGCAUCCUUCUCUUCCGGCCCCACGAUCAUGCCCGUCACUUAGCAGAUGCUGCAGCGGCGGUAGGCAUGACGGCUGUCCCCGAGCACAUCUUCCUAGAGUGUGUUAGGAAGGCAGUAGCAAUCAAUAAUUCCUAUGUACCUCCGCCUCAGACAGAUGCGGUCCUCUAUAUUCGCCCGUUUCUGUUUGGCCCUAGUGUUCCUCGCAUUCGCGAUUCUCCGGCGCAGUAUACAUUCUGUGUGUUUGUGCGUCCAGGUGUGGUGUAUCCGCGGACAGCGGCGCAGAAUACAAUAGUCCUGGGCGAUGGUGGUGCUGAUGAUGUUCCCACUGCAGCGGAGACCCGGAAAUGCUCUCGAACUGAAAUUUGGGAUGAGGGGUGGAAAAGGGGUUUGGGGGGUACAGGGCAGAUAGAUGGUCGACAGGCAGAACGGGAUGGUUAUACUAUGAAGCUACAGCUGGAAAACACCCGACAUGGGUCAUUCAUCAACGGGUUCACAGCGUCCGCAUUUAUUGGGGUGCAGGAAGAGCACGGUAGAUUUACGUUGAUGGUGCCGAGACAUCCCAGCCGGAGCAUCAUUAGUGAUUCUUGCGUUGCAAUUGCUAUACAACUUGGGUGGAAGGUGAAGAUUGGGCCGAUUUCGGUCGAUGACAUCGAUACCCUGUCCGAAGUCAUUGGCACCAGUACAUGGCACUGGCUGCUCCCCAUUCGACUGAUAUUCUGUCCAUCGGCCCGGCAGACAGUAGCAGGACCUGGGUGUCGACUGCUGCGCAUUGCUAUUGGAAAAAUCAUGGGUGGGGAAGUCUCGGACAUAUGGCAAUGGUGUGUGCCACUGAUGAAGGCGGAUCAAUCUCCUGGCUGA